GAAUAGGCUGUGUGCUAGUUGUCUAAGUGUGUGGUGCAUCAUUGUGGUUGCUGGUCCUUUGGAUUUCCUUCUUUGCCAUGGGUUUGCCUUUUGGCAUUUGGCCUAUAUUCAUAGGUCUUAUCUGGGUAGCAGAAGCUCUCCCUACAGGAGGCCUUGGCAACUCCCUCCAGCUCAGAAAUCCUCAACAUGCUAUUGGUAUGGCUGGGAAUCCACCUGCUAGUGAUGAGAUCCUCAACAUUAACCAAGAGCUCAUUCCUCCAGAAGCACCGGAAAGCAGCUUCCUGCUGGAGGGUGACAUCGUCAAGGUGAGUCCUUUCAGAGUGUUUUCAUCUGCAAGCCCAAAAUGGCCAAAGAGAAGAGGAACUGUCCAAAUUCCCUACAUCAUCUCCUACAAAUAUGACAAGCCUAGUGUGAAGAUCAUCAAAGAAGCAUUUGCAGACUUCGCAAAGUUCACAUGCGUCAAGUUUGUUCCAUACUCGUACCAGAGAGAUUUUGUCUCCAUCAUGCCGAUGUCUGGGUGCUUCUCCAGCGUUGGACGCACUGGUGGAAUGCAGGUGGUCUCCCUAGCACCUGCUUGCCUCAGAAGGGGGAAAGGGGUGACUCUGCACGAACUCAUGCAUGUGGUGGGUUUCUGGCAUGAGCACUCCAGGGCUGACCGGGACAAGUACAUUAGCAUCUCCUGGAAUGAAAUCUUGACUGGCUUUGAAAUUAACUUCAUGAAAUCCUGGAAUAGCAACAUGUUGGUGAAUUAUGACUAUUCCUCAGUCAUGCACUAUGGCAGGUAUGCCUUUAGUAUGACAGGCUUGCCCACCAUCGUACCACUCUCAGAUCCUUCUGUUGCUCUUGGACAGAGGUGGAAUCUGAGCAGUUCGGACAUUGCCAGAGUCAACAAACUCUACAAAUGUUCUCUGACUGAACCAGAAAGCUCAACGGAAAGUACCAGCCAAGAGACUAUAACGGACUUCCUCUCGAAUGAGCUGGAACCUUGCCCAACAGAAGGGGAAAACAAAGUAUCCACCCCCUCUCCCACUGCAGGAGCCUCCUCUCCAGGAACCAAACCCCCUGAAACAGUCCAAUCUGCAAGGAGGCCCUCUAGACAAAUGACAAGUGCACCCAGAGCAGGGACAGAAGAGCUCAUGGGCAGAACUGCAAUGGAUGGUGAAGGCCUAGGUGUCUCACUGGCUGAACGCCCUAUAAUGGAGUUGGAGACAUUUGAACCUACAAGGCUGUCUACUCAUGGCAUGACUUAUCUGGAGACUACUGGGAAGUCCCCUCCACCUCACAUGGAAAUGGGGACUCUAGGUGCUGAGAGGAAAACUCCGAUUCCUACAGAGGAAACUUCACUCCUGGGAACAGAAUCCAUUAAAGAGCCCAACUUUACUACAGUAACAGCCCCUCCUCUAGGACUUGCUUGGCUCUCUGAAGUGACAAAUCACCAUGGGAAGGCAGCAGAGGGACUAGGUACUACUAAAAUUCCUACAGAUGCUCUUUCAGGGCUUGAAUUCCCAGAACUGGUAUCUCCUGCUACAGUAGCCCCUGUGGAGACCAGGGGCACCAGGCUAAGUGAUAUGAGAAUGGCAGAGACUAAAAGCAUCCAAGGAACAGAACUGGCCUAUCACUCUACCUAUAUGGCACAGAAGGGGCCCUCUCCAGCAACUGAAGUUGGAGUGGUGACCUUGUCUUCAAACCAAACACCGUCUCUGGAGAUUCAAACUGAGUUGGCCACAGCAGAGAUCACUAGCCCCUCAGAGGAGAGUUUAGGGACCUAUACAGCAGUAUCUUUAUCUCUGGGACCAAUCCCCCCUGAGCAAGUAAGUGUCACAGAAACCUCACAUCCAACCAGCACUGAGAAAUGGACCACUAACCUAGCCAGACUGCUGAGUGCCAAAUCCAUAACCACCAGGACCAGAUCUGCCCCAAGUUGGGAGACUCCAUCUGUAGAAACAGAGACUCUCACUGUGAGGUAUGCUACAGAGGAGACAUCUCUGCGACCCCCUGUACAGAACUGGACCAGCAGCCCAACUAAGCAGGGAAACUGGCCUGCAAGCAGCCAGGCAUACAGCCCAGGGAGUCAUGAGCAAAGCACCCUUGCCAUUCCUACCAGUGGCAUUACAGAGAUUGAGCCCACAGAAGAGAUGCAACUUACAUCAUUAAGUACCUCCUUUGAGAUGGUUCAGAACCACACUAUCCACCCAGUGGAAAUAGGCAUGCAGGGGGCCACAACUAGGCAGAAAAAAGGUACAGUCUUGUCUUCAUCAGGAAUUGAAACCUCCUAUCUAGCACCUCCUACAAAAGCUACCACCUCCAUGGAGACCCAAACUGAGCUGGGAUUUGUAGAAGCCACAAAAAUCAAAGCCAGCUACCCAGAUGGCUCUCCUAGCUUAACAGAAGGGACUUACAUUCCAGUGACCAAAGUGAAAGAUGCUAAGUGUGCUACAGAAGCAGAGACCCUUCCAGUGGACUGGGGCUCCCAAGCCUCUGAACCAGCUGAGAUUGGCAUGCAAGCAACUAAAACCAACUACAGAGAUAAAGAGAGGGUGCACAUUAAUACAUUAUUUCCUGUUGGAGGAACAUCACCCACAGCAAUUGGACCCACACACACAACACCCUCUCUAGGGGCUUCUGAAAACCCAAUAACAAACCUACCCAAUGCACAACCUGCAGAAUCCACAAGAAGUGAGACUAGAAACCAAGCAAUCUUCUUCACCAGAAGAUCACCUGAGAUGGGGGUACAAGAAGCCAGUAACAUUCCUCCAAACAGAAGGAGAGGACUAACAUAUACACCUGCUUCUGUGUUAACAUCCUCCACAGCAACUGAACUUGGAUUCAUGGAACAUCCUACAAGGGAAGCAUCAGGCCUGGAAACUCCAGUGGCUCAAGUCAGCAGACCAAGUGAGAUGGUAACUACAGGAGUUUCACCUGCUUGGACAGAAGCUAAAGACCAAUUUAGCUCUUCUGGAACAAGGGAGGCAACUUUCAUUCCAAUGAGCAGAGCUACAGAAAAGCUGUAUUCUACCCAGAUUAACAAGUCUCCAGAGUCUGCCAGCCUACCUGAAGUGGAGAUAAAGGAACACAGUGUCAGUUACAGGAUGGAGGUAGGACUAGUCACACUUACCCCUCCACAGUCAAGACCAAGGACUGCACUGGUGCCAUCUAUAGAAAUGCCUAAGCUGACAGUUCCUGAGAAAUUGACCCCUGUCCAUACUGAACCCACAACUAACCAAGCCCAAACAGGUAUAAAAAAUACCAGUCCUUCCUUGAUUGGUGAAGGUGAGAUGCCUUCCUUACAAAUGGAGCCCACCAAAACAGCAUAUCCUACAGAGGGACCUUCACAGCUGCAGGCUUCACCACAGACUUUUGGCUCAAUUGAACAAAGACUCAAAACUUCAAGUAAGCAACAAAUGCAUGCAGCUGUGAGUUCUGGGGAAAGCCUGACACCCCUGGAAGGGAUUCCUACAGCUUCCAUGUCUGCAUGUGAGCUGUGCCAUUCUACAAAAGCUCUAUCCACUCAAGCUUCUGAGACCCCUACGUGGAGAUCAGAGGAGGCUAAAGGAAAAACCUUCCCUCUCCCCAUGGGAACAACACUGCCUGCAGAAAACAAAAGCUACAUGAACACUUUUGCCAUGGAAUUUUCAGAGAGUCCUGCAACUGAGCUACAAACUACAGAAGCAUCAUUAGCUCAACCACAUCACUCUAUCCACGUAGAAGGAACAAGCUUUCACAUGGCCAACCCAUCAGAAGCUGUGAACACUCCACAGCUGGCCACUUCUGAGACACCAACCACUCACUCCAUUCUCCCCUGGGAACCCGUAGACCAAGUAGAGUAUAGAAAGCAAAUGACUUGGUUCCCAAAGACAAGCCCACUGAAUGCAGAGCAUUCAACUAAAAGAACCUCUUUGGAGGAUACUGCUGAGUCAGGGCUUGUGGAAACUACUGGCACUGGAAUGGAAGCUGAAGAACAUGGUUCUCCAGGAGAGAGAACCUCCCCUGCACUGAGUGAAGCCCCAGAAGUAACAUUCCCUCCAGAGACUUCAACAACCAACUCGGCUGAAAUGGGUAUUCAGGAAGCAAUAAGCACCCCUAGAAAGAGAAGCAGAUGGGUCAGUCACACAGCUCACUCCGUAGAGAGAAUUUCACUGGCUGCAACUGAACCAACAUAUGUAAUGGUCCCUCAGGAACCUGGCAACCCAACAAUCAGCCCAGACUAUCAUGCCACAGAAGCAAUUGGCACUGAACCUGGAAACCAGUUGAGAUUGUCCAUAUCCAGCAGCAGAACUGAGAUGGGAGCCCAAGGAUUCAGAGGUGAGCCCAAGAAGGAAGGAAGAUCCAUCCCUACAGUCCCUUCUGCAGGAAGAAUAAAGUCCCGAGAAGUGGCGCCAUCUCUCAAGAGCAAAGUCGUGCUCCUUCAGGAAAGUAGGCUCAGGAAAAGCCUGUUCCCCUGGAAACAAACCCAGCCAUUUUUGGGAAUGAAGUCUACUGAAUCAGUGAAAACCACAGAAGAAUCUCCACUCCUUACUGAGAUCUGGCAGCUGCACCAAGCACAGACAGGUACCAAUGCUCCUGCUAUGCUGUCUCUAAGAACAGAGCAGGCCACAGGGGCUCAUCCUGCUAGGGAGGAGACCUCUCUUCCCCCUCCACAACUGACUCCUGCCUCCCCUAAGUCAAACAAGCUUAUAAGCUACAGAGCAACACCUGCCACAAGCCUCUCUGGAGAGGAGGCUGCACCAAGUAUCUUGGCUGUCAAGAGAGCUCCCUCAACAAGAACUACCAAUAGCAGCCCCCAACCUCUAGAAGAGAGCAGGACAAGCCACCCAGUUGAAAGGGGAGUACAGGAGGCUGAAAGCCAUAGAAAGAAAGGUAGCGAGAACAGUCAUGCUCUUGCCAGAGAGUGUUUGCCUGCAGGAACUGAACUGUCUUGUAAAAUGGUGCUGGCUGCAAAAGCAACAGGGGAUGAAGGGAUGGGGAUAGCAACACACAUGCAAGGAACAGAAGGUAAAGUGCAGCAUGCUGCCCCUGCAACAGAGGGGAUGCUACCUGUGGACACUGAAACAACAGAAGGCUUGGCCACCUUUUCAGAGGUACUUGGGACUCAAACCACUAAUGCUGUUGAGGUGGGUAUAAUAGAAGCCCCAAGCAGCCCCAGAAAAGGGGGCAGAGGAGAAAUGUCUAGGCUGACUCCCACUGGAAUGCCAGCAGCAGCAGUUAAGAGACAUGUGGAACCUUCAAAAGUAAUGACUGCCACAGGGCAUCUUGAGACCCAAACCAUCAGCUGCACAGAGUUGGCAACAAUGAUGAUCCCAUUCAGCCAAAGGAAAAGUUGUUUGACAACAGAAGAAACUAACUCGCCAAUGCCUGAAGUGGUGUAUGGACCAUUCCUGGAGGCUCUGACCAAACCCACUACCCAAGCUGUGCUGGGGCUGCAAGGAGUCCAGAAGAGCCCUAGAAAGCAGGGUAGGGUGUCCAUUUCUGCAGAGGGAACUAAAGCCACACAUGUAAUGCCCUCACUGGGGCCUUGGGUGUCUCUAGAAACAAAUCCAAGCUCUGGGACAGCAAAUACUACAAGCAUGGGUGCUAGUCUCCACAAUACCUCACCUGUUCUCAGCAUAUCAACUGAGAUGAAUGGGCAAGAAGCCACAAGCAGCCAUGGACCGAGAAAGGGAGGUCACCCCUAUGCUGCCACUCCUGCUGGCACGUGGCCUGUAACAAGGGAGUCAGAACACAGAGGGCAUCCCACCAAAGGAACCCUUGUUCAGAAGACCCAAUCCAACAGUCCACAUAGGGAAGGCGCUACAGAAACCACAUCAACUCAGGCCAGAGCCCCAAACCUCUCUAACACUGAAGAGGGAACUCCCAUUGCAGACACAGCUACUGAAGUCAUGCGUUCCACCAGGGUGAUGCUGCUGCUGGAGGCUCCUGAAAAUAAGGCUGCUAGCCUAAGAGAGGUGGCAAUAAAGGAAGAAACUAGCAGUCACAGAGAGGAAGGUGGCCUGUCUACUACCCAGUCUCUGCCUUCAGGCACCCUAAGCACUGAAACUGCUGAGCAAGUGCAGUCUACACAAGCAAAUGAGCAGAUGCUUUCUGAGAACUGGCCCACCAGUCACCCUGAACAGGGGACAGGCAAACCCACAACUAACACAACCCAAACAGGUGGAGAAAAUACCCAUUUACCCUCAAGGGGUGGGGGGCCUUCCCUAGAAGCAGUGACCCACUGGUUUGAUCUUGCAGAGGGCACCUCACAGGGGCAGGCUUCACCACACCAAACUUUCAGCCCAACUGAACUUCAAAUAGAAACUCUAAGCAGCCAAGAAACACCUGCCAUGAUCCUCCACAGGGAAGAAUAUGGCCAAAACCCUAUGUCCCCAGAAGGGACACAACCCACAAAAACGGAAGCUUUAGAACUACUAGGGCUUUUUACAAAGACUGUAUCCAUGCAGUCUCCUGAGACCCCAACACAGAGACUAGAGGUCAGUGUCUUCGACAGAAAGAGAGGGCAUGGAAAACCCUCUCCUCUCUCCAUAGAAACAACACUGUCUGCAGAAAAUGAGACUUACAUGGCAUCUUCUCCCAAGAUAGCACUUGGUAUGGAAGCUCUGACAGGUCAAACUGAGCUGGGAACUGCAGAAGUUUCACUAGCCCAGCUGCUUAGCUCUUCUACACCUGCAGAGGGAACUAGCUUUCCUGGGGCUGAAGCAACAGAAGCUGGGAAUAAAGUUCCCAGCAACGGUACAGAAACUCAAACCAUACGCCCAGGUGAGACCAGGGAACUAAUGCCAAUGGCAAAGACUCCAUCUGCAGGAACUGAAGCCACAGGACAGUCUUAUUCCACCACAGUGAAGGCUGCUGAGACCCUUAGCAGCCCAAGUGAGAGGAGGGGGUACACAGCCACAGGUAGCUAUAGAAAGAAAAAUGGAGAACAAGCCUAUACGCUUCCAAUAGGAGAAUGGGUAUCUUCUGCAGGAAGUGACAUAACUCAUGCCAGUCCUCUUGUGUGGCAUCCCUACUACCAAACUUCACUGGUUUCCACAGUGCCUGUGAAGACUCCAUUUGAGUCUGGAGCUCCAUCUCCUCUAGGAGGAAUUCCACCUGGAGAAGUGGAACCUACAUAUAUUGGAUCUUCCCUUGAGACCCAAACUGCAAGCCCACCAGCAGGGGGUAAUGGUGGGAAAUAUGUCUCCAUCAGCAGAGAGAUUAUAACACCAGUGGGUCACAGGGAUCUGGGAAAUGAAAUCUCUGCCCUAGAACAGCACUCCAGUCUAUCUGAGAAAUGGGCUUUCAACACCACCAAACUGGCCAAUGGUGAACUGCCAACCCUACAAGCACAGGUUCACAGAGAGAACACUACCACCAGAUCUGCAGCAGGAGUGAUGCCAACCCCAGGCACUAAAGAAGCACAUAGCAUAAAAGCGAUUCAAUUGAAACAGGCUUUUCAAAAGGACCCCAGUGACCUGUUUUCAGUGGACCCAGAGCUCCUACACCUUGUUGGCAAGAGGUCCUUGCCAGAUGCAGAGGAAAGCCCAGCCCCACCCCAUGACAGCAAUCCAGACCUCAAAGUGAUUACUCUGACCCAUGGACACCAAAAAAUGCAGAGUCCCCUGCUUUCAAACACUCUAGAAAAACUAAGGGCAAAGGUUCUAGAAGCAUUCCAAAAGCAGCAUGCCCUGUUACCAGAGUUUCAAGUGUCCCCUGUCACUGGAUUAUAUCCAGCUGCAAAAGAGAUCAGGAGUGUUCCUUGGUGGCUUGAGACUCGUACCUCUGAUUCCACUCCUGACCGUAAGCAUGGGCUCCUCAAACCUAGAGAGCUUCUCUUCACAGGCAGGAAAAAAGCAACUAGCCAGACUCCAUUCCUGCUUUCUGCCAAAGCCGUGCAGGCACCAGCACCCCCUGCCGUGGACCAACCUACUGCAGCUCCUCCGCAGUCUGGCUCUGGUAAACGUGCACACCACAGCCUAUCAGCUCAAAGGGCUACAGUGCAGCCUGGCUGGCAGUUCUGUGAUUUUGAGAAGGACUUGUGUAGCUGGCAGCAGAGUGAUACUGAUGACUUUGACUGGAUACUUGCUGGGGAGAGACCUUCUGCUAGAUCAGAGAUUGGCAACCUCUCUGAAGAAAUCCAUUAUUCUCCCUCCAGGGGCGGUUACAUCUCCCUGAAGUCCCCUUCUGCCAGGCAAACCACAGGACACAAGACUUCUCUAAUCAGCCCCAUCCUGCAUAGGAUUGGAUGCAUCCACUUCUGGUACAGCCCACUGGGCUCUGCCAUGGGCACAAUAAACAUCUAUAUCAAGUUAGCAGAUGCCCCUGAGUGGCACAGAAUCUGGUCUGCUGAGGGGCAGCAGGGCACAGACUGGCAUCAAGUAGGUGUGGAGGCCUCUGAGUCACAGAAGCUGCAGGUUAUGGUGGAAGGCGUCAUUGGCCCAGACGCAGGAAGUGAUGUUGGCAUUGAUGACCUGUCAGUCUGUGUGGCAGAGUGUCAGAGAGGCUGUGAUGAGCUGAUUGCUUUAUACAAAAAGGGAAAUGAGCAACAAACUAAAUAAAGCUUUUAAAGAGAACGGAAGA